GGCGGCGCGUGGGGGAUGCGCGAGCGGCGGCGGCAGAUCCCGAGCGGGGCUGCGGCGGGGGGCGGGGGCGGCGGCCGCCGCCAUCGGCACCGUCACCACCAUGCUGAGCCGCAGCUCCUUCACCAGCCUGGUGGUGGGCGUGUUCACCGUGUACGUGGCGCACACCUGCUGGGUCAUGUACGGCAUCGUCUACACGCGGCCCUGCCCGGCGGCGGCGGACGGCGCGGCCGGGGGAUGCGUCUGGCCCUACUUGGCUCAGAGGCCCAAGCUUCAGUUAAGUGUGUACACUACCACACGGUCAAGCAUUGGUGCUGAGAGUAAUAUAGAUCUCGUUUUGAAUGUGGAGGAUUUUGAUAUUGAGUCCAAAUUUGAAAGGACAGUGAAUGUCUCUGUACCAAAGAAAACCCGAAAUAAUGGCACAUUAUAUGCAUUUGUAUUUCUUCAUCAUGCUGGCAUUUUGCCUUGGCAUGACGAUAAGCAGGUGCAUAUAGUAAGCCCUCUGACCACAUACAUGGUCCCCAAGCCAGAAGAGAUUCAUUUGCUCACUGGUGAAUCAGCCACACAGCAAAUUGAAGCAGAAAAAGACACCAGUGCCCUGGAUGAACCUGUCUCUCACUGGAGGUCAAGACUGACCUUAAAUGUCAUGGUGGAAGAUUUUGUGUUUGAUGGAUCAUCCCUUCCUGCUGAUGUUCACCGUUACAUGAAAAUGGUUCAGUUGGGGAAGACAGUGCAUUACCUUCCAAUAUUAUUUAUUGAUCAGCUAAGCAACAGAGUGAAAGAUUUGAUGGUUAUAAAUCGUUCAACAACAGAGCUACCUCUUACAGUGUCAUAUGACAAAAUAUCUCUCGGAAAACUCCGAUUUUGGAUCCACAUGCAGGAUGCUGUGUACUCCCUCCAGCAAUUUGGAUUUUCAGAAAAGGAUGCAGAUGAAGUAAAAGGAAUUUUUGUUGAUACUAACUUGUACUUUCUGGCUUUGACAUUCUUCGUAGCAGCAUUCCACCUUCUCUUUGAUUUCCUUGCAUUUAAAAAUGACAUCAGUUUUUGGAAGAAAAAGAGGAGCAUGAUUGGGAUGUCUACAAAAGCAGUGCUUUGGCGGUGCUUUAGUACUGUGGUAAUAUUUCUUUUCCUUUUGGAUGAACAAACAAGUUUACUGGUACUGAUCCCAGCAGGUGUGGGUGCAGUGAUUGAGCUCUGGAAGGUGAAGAAGGCCUUGAAAAUGACAAUCAGGUGGCAAGGUUUGAGACCCAAAUUUCAGUUUGGUGCAUACAAUGACUCUGAAAAGAAAACCGAAGAAUAUGAUGCCCAGGCUAUGAAAUACUUGUCAUAUUUGCUCUAUCCACUGUGUAUUGGAGGUGCAGGUUACUCUUUGCUGAAUGUUAAAUACAAAAGCUGGUACUCUUGGUUGAUUAACAGUUUUGUCAAUGGAGUGUAUGCUUUUGGAUUCCUGUUUAUGCUGCCCCAACUAUUUGUAAACUACAAGAUGAAAUCUGUUGCACACUUACCAUGGAAGGCUUUCACAUACAAAGCAUUCAACACCUUUAUUGAUGAUAUAUUUGCUUUUAUCAUCACUAUGCCAACAUCUCAUAGGCUGGCAUGCUUUAGAGACGAUGUUGUGUUCCUGGUCUAUCUCUACCAAAGAUGGCUUUAUCCUGUGGAUAAGAGCAGAGUAAAUGAGUAUGGAGAAUCUUACGAAGAAAAGUCGAAAAAAAAAAGCUCAUAGAGAAUAACUAAGAACUGAAGAUACUGACCCCUGGACUCUUACUUGCUUUGUGUAUUACCUGGUCUUAAGGAAGGAAAAACUUAUUUAAUAAGAGUAUUUUUAAAACUUAUGACAGAACUACAUGGACAAUACAUCUUCUAUAUUGCCAAAAUCUAGUUUUGAUACCCUCCUCUUUCAAGACCCUUUUCUGUCCUCACAAGGUCUACAGUCUGCCAGAUGACAUUAUAUAAACUUCCUGCAUUUCAGCUUCUCUUCAGUGAAAACCUAGGCAUCCUAACCAUUGUAAUUAAGAUCCAAAUCUGUGUUUUUAAGACAACUCACAAAAUGAAACUGUGGUGCCCAUGCCACUACACUCUGAAAACUGAAAAAACAUAAGACACUGUCUUAUAGCAGAAUCAAGGAUUAUUGCCAAACUGGGCACUGUCAAAAAUAAAAGGUAUAAUAUUGGAUUAUAUUCUACUUACAAAUCAUUCUCUUUUGAUAAUGGAGAUAAUGGAAAUUGUAGAAAUCAUGAAUUCCUAGGUAAAAAAAAAUAUGUUGUUGGAAAUAUAGGAUAAGUUAGAUGGCAUUUUUAAACUUCAAAUUCUACCAAUUUCAUGGCCCACAAUAUGGCAGAGGGUUUCAGUUUUCUUAAAAUGAAUGAAGGUGUGAAAAAACUGUAACCUGAUUUCUUUCAAUAUGUAUGCAAGUUUAUAGAAAUCCUUCUCCAUUGUGGACAAACAUGAUUUCUUGGCAUAGCAGGUAUUCAUGUAAUGCAAAUCAUUGUUAUGUGCUGGGAAAGUAUCUUAACACUUAUUAAAUUCUUCAUCAUUUGGUACUGCAGUGACCUACUUGGCAAUUCUGUCAUGUUUCAAAGGGAAUAAUUCCUCUCCCUCCCUGCCCCAUAAUAUUUUUUUAAUGGAACACACAUCAUUCAAAUGUAAUUAUUUUGCUCAAGUAUAGGUUCAACAAACUACAAAGAUACAGAGAAGAGAAAAAAAAAAUAGCUUGGUAAAGAACAAUUCAUACCUUUCAUACAAUUUAAAAUCUAUAUUCCACGGGAAUAGAAUUCAUUAAGGGAGGUAUUUUCAUCUGUUUCUUUCAAAUUUGCGAAAAAUAAUCAGGCUGAAUUACUAUUCCAAAAUCCAAACUCCACAGCUAUAUCUAGAAACCACUUUUAAAAAUGGUUAGAAAAAUUUUAAAUUUAAAAUUUUUAAAGAGUCGUAAAAGCAAGUUUCUUAGUAACAGUAAGUGAAAUACAGAGUGCAUUACUUUUCAGCAGCAAAUAAAGUGCAGUUAAAGAAAUACAGAAGGCAGAAUUCUAGUUUCCAGUUCUAAUUUUGCUUUGUCGGUAAGUUUACAAAUAAACCAUAAUGAUGCUUACGUUAAUUAAAUUGCAUGCUGUUUGUACAAGGCUGUUUAACCCCAAUUUGUUGUGAAUUGAAAAUAUUCCUUGAAUAACCUUGAAGAACACAGGUAAGCUCCUGUGGUCUGUAACUACUUUGUGAAGUAGAUUUUAUCCAGUUCUGAUACUUCAAAAGUCUGAACGUAUAAAUAUUUGGGUCCCAAAAAGAAAAAGAAGUGUGCCUGCCUAUUGUGUUUUGCUACAGACUAUAGUCUUUCCUAUGCUGAAAUCCUCCUUACACGCUGCUGGGAAUGGAAAGGAGUCUUGAAGUGAAUAUUUAUCCCCUGUUAAUGUUAAAGUCUCGUUAUGCUGUUAAUUGUAACAACAGAUUAUUGAUUUUAGCGUUAAACACACACCUAAGUAAGUCUAUGCAAAACUGGGGUUGCAUUUGCUCUAUCUUGUACCUGUUUUGAAUUUGUUUGGAACGAGCUCUUUGCCAUUAAGCAAACUAAUAUUUCACAUUAAGUUAAAUGUGUGUGAAAAGCUUUCCUGAUAUAAAGAAUGCAUAUAGCACGUUCCAUUUUUUGUGCCAUUUCACAACAAGUCACUGGUUCUUCUAGGGUAGCUUCUCAAAGUCCAGAAUACCAUAUUUGGGUAUUUCUGAUGUUUCAUUGCUCAUUUUUUUACACAGCUGUUGAAAAAUUGCUUUUGCACUUUUACGUACCAUGCGUUUAGUGGUUUUCUGUCUUGCAUUUCUUAACACUGGCCUCAUGAUAUCCUAUACAAUCAUCAUAAAUCACAUAAAAUUAGAACACUUUAAGUCUUUAAAAUGAGCAAGACUUUCCUGUUCAAGUCAUUGUUUUAUGUAUUCCAUUUCCAAAUAAAAGACUUGGCAUACA